AUGUUGGGUAGUCCUCACAGAUCCAAGAUGGCGGCGACCUACGGGCUCCGUGUACUGUCUCUCUCCCGCCACUUUCAGUCGGCAUUCGCGAUAUCCCCAGCCUCACAGGUUCAGCACUGCGGUAAACUCUCCUUCAGAAUCAACGCGCUCAGCCUCCCUGCGUGCGCCGCUCGCGUGACUUCCGUAGCUGGGCGCUCCGUCCACAGCCGUCCGCUGCACACGUCCCAACGCAGGGACGGCCUGAUGGAGUUCUUCGACUUGCCCGAGAACUGGGGGGAGUCCAGGGUCAAGUCAGGUGCACCUUGGACUGCAAAGCAGUUACGGAAUAAAAGUAAUGAAGAUUUACACAAAUUGUGGUAUGUGCUUCUCAAAGAGAAAAACAUGUUGCUGACAGUGGAGCAGGAGGCUAAGAGGCAAAGGGUUCAGAUGCCGAGUCCAGAGCGCCUGAGGAAGGUUGACCGGUCUGUGAAGAGGCUGAACACAGUGGUGCAGGAGAGGGAGACCGCCCUCCGGCUGCUGCAGACAGGCCAGGAGAGAGCGCGGCCCGGGGCUUGGAGGAGAGACAUCUUUGGAAGGACCUACUGGUAUAGAUUUAAGGAGUAUUCUAUCCCUUGGUAUCUUAACAAGAGAUACAAGAGAAAGCGAUUUUACACACCAUAUUUUGUUAAUCCAUAUAUCAGGCUUCGCAUAGAGCAACAUAUGCGUCAAAAACGACGUCAACGACUGGCAGAAGCAAGAAGGCAGAAAAAAUUGAUGGAGAGGUUUCCAAACAUGGCAGCCAAGGCUAAAACAAACUAAUUCCAAAGGAUGCCUGAAACUCUGCCUUAAGAACUUCGAGGUUGUGUUGCUGUAACAGUCUGCAUAAUGUAAAGUAAAAUGUUAGAGAUUUUAGGUUGUAAAAAGUCUCAAACUUCAGUGACUUUCAAAUUUUGUAGGCUCAAAGGCUUUACAUUAAUGCAUUUUGAAAAGCUAUAUCCCUAAAAGAUGUUAACAUGAGCUUUUAUAACUUCAAAGAGUUCUGUAGUUACUAUCUUAAAGUGGUAUAUGACUGU